AUGGCCGAGUCCACAGCACACACGAGCCCCAGCCUCAACGACAAAGAGCGCGAAGUGGACCAGGGCAUCCUCUCCGAUGAGUCUGGUCCGGCGGAAGAAGUCAAGGAGACGCCAGACCAGGAGCGGUCGGUGCAAGGAGUUCGCUGGCUCCUCAUCUGCAUUGCCGUCUUCUCGGCCAACCUGCUCUAUGGCCUGGAUAAUACCAUUGUGGCCGACAUCCAGGGCGCCGUCGCCGGGACCUUUGAGGAGUACGCGCAGCUGGGUUGGCUCGGAGUGGGUUUCACUCUGGGCUCGGUGGUCUUCAUCCUGCCCCUGGGGAAAGCCUAUGCCAUCUUUGACACGAAAUGGCUCUUCAUCGGCUGUCUGACCAUGUUCGCGGCGGGCAGUGCGUUGUGCGGUGGUGCCCCGAACAUGGAUGCGAUCAUUGUCGGCCGUGUGUGGGCUGGUGCUGGUGGUGCAGGAAUGUACCUGGGAAAUCUGAAUCUGAUCACCAUUCUGACUACGCCUAAAGAGCAGCCGGUGUAUGUUGGUCUCGUCGGUCUGAUCUACGGAGUUGGCUGUAUCCUGGGACCCAUCAUUGGAGGUGCUUUUGCGGACAGCUCUGCGACAUGGAGAUGGGGCUUCUAUAUCAACCUGAUCAUCUUCGGUAUCAUGGCACCCAUCUACGUCUUCCUGCUCCCGUCCUUGCCUCGCCCCGCCGGCGAAGGCCGCAGUUUCAUCAAUCGCCUCCGGGAGUUGGACUGGGUCGGCACGGUGCUCUCCGCGGGAAUGCACGUUUCCUUCAUUCUGUUCAUUGUCUUUGGCGGAGUGAUGUGGCCCUGGACGGACGGCCGCAAUAUCGCCCUGUACGUGGUUGCGGCAGUCACCCUCAUCGCCUUUGCCCUGAGCCAGUACUUCUGCGUGCUCACCGACAAGGAAAACCGCCUGUUCCCCGGUGAAUUCCUGCGCAACCCGACCAUGAUCGCCCUCUACGUCCUCAUGGCCUGCGGUGGUGCCGCCCUCUUCGUCGCCGUCUACUACAUCCCCCUGUACUUCCAAUUCGUCCAUGGCGACUCGGGCAUCAUGUCCGCCGUGCGGCUGCUGCCCUUCAUCUGCUUCUACGUCGCCACGAUCCUCCUCUGCGGCUGGCUCAUGCCCAAGACCGGCUACUAUGUGCUCUGGUACCUGCUCAGCGGCAUCUUCAUGGUGAUCGGCUCCGCCACGAUGUACACCGUCAAAUACGACACCAAGGUGGCCAACAUCUACGGCUACUCGAUCCUGUUGGGACUCGGCAUGGCCACCACGCAGGCCGCCUACGCCGUCGGCCCCAGCCUCGUCACCCCGGACCGUGUCGCGGAAUCCAUCCAGUUCAUGAACAUCGGCCAGGGCCAGAGCCAGCUCCUCGGCUUGGCCAUUGCCAGUGCCAUCUUCCAGAGUGAGACGCUCAGUGGCCUGAAUGCUCUGCUGGCCGGCAAGGGCUACUCCCAGGGUGACAUCCAGGGAGCCAUCGCAGGAGCCCGCAGUACUCUUCUGACGGAGCUUCCCGCCGACCUGAAGACCAAGGCUCUGGACGUGAUUGUGCACAGUAUCGAUGAUGUCUAUGUCAUGGCGAUUGCCGCGGGCGCUCUCUACGUGAUUGCAUCGUGUUUCCUUCCAUGGCGUCGGUUCUAG